GGUUUGGAAAAAUGGAGCCUGCAUAUUUGUGCUUUGAAAAACGGCUCUCAAAUAGGGAUGUCCAUGGCAACCUGGAAAUACCCAACUGGGCAGAUUAUUUGCCAGACGGAAAUGAGGUCAUGCGUGUAACUGACAGAGACGGAAUCACAUAUGAAUUCAUAGCCUCAGUAAGGGCAGAUGAGAGGCGUUCUCUGACGCACGACUGGCGUGCUUUUGCAUUUGCAAAGGGUCUUCGAACCGGUGAGUUGCUAAGCGUUUAUCGGUUAGGAAAUGACAAUGAAUAUGCCGUGCAGGUUGGCCUGGAAAUUCAUGGAAAGUUCAUUGUCUGGGAAACUUUGUAA